AUGCUAGAAGCCUUCGAUCACUUCCAGUUGCACUUCCGGCUCGACGCCGCCGCGAUCUUCGAGGAGAGGCUCUUUUCGGAGGGAUUGUGGCAGCGUGCCUGUGCUGGGUUGGUGCCGACCUCGCCGUCUUACCUGCAGAGAGCCGUCGACAUCAAAUGGGGCCUCGGCCUGACCGCAGGGCGUUGUGAUGUUAUCCUGCCGUCCUCCCUGGUCGGCGAGAUCACGCAGCAGCUGGUGGCUGACGCCGUGCGUCCCGGCUGCACGUCCACGCCGCCAUCUCCCACCUUGACUGCGACGUUAUCGGCGCGGUUUAGCGCCGCCCUGCCCGUCCGCGCGGGCGGCUCCUCUACGCGGCCUACUGCUUCUAGUACGACGCCGUCGGCACGGUCUCGUGCCGCGCUGCCCGCCCGCGCGGGUUGCUCCCUACGUUCCAACUCGUUCCAACUUCGACAACUUCAACACCGAGCUGAGCGACGCGGCCCGAAGCGCGGCCGAG